CGAUGAAAGUGCGAGGGGCCAGCGGUGACAAAAGCAAGAGGCAGAUGAGUAAUGGGGAAUGAGAAAUGAAGCCAUCUGACCCCUGAGAGGGGGAAGCCGGGUGGCACAGCUCCUGGGGUCUGUUGGGAGGGACACAAUGCCAUUUCUCUCUUGCCACACAAAAAUGCGGACUGAGGCAUCGGAUUUUCCCAGAUCCCGCAGGAAUGUGGCGGCUGGGGAGUCCCGUCCCCAUGGCCCCAUCCACCAGGACCCGUCGGGGCAGCCAGCAGUCACCGUGGUGACAAGUGUCAGCGAUGGCGUUUGGCCACGGACCGCGGUGACCCCGUUUUCUUUUCAGAGGAGCGACUCAGGGGCCGGCUGCCAGCGGCACACGGGGGCCGGCGCGGGGGACUCCACCUCCCUGAGCCUGGAGCAAAGACUUUGGCCCCAUUGCCGAGGGGCGGGCUGUGAUCCCACUGCCCUUGGCACUUAGACCUUGCACUGCGGGCGGUUUGCUGGGCUGUAAACAAGCCUCCCGGAGAAGGUGGCUCCGUCGAAGUCUCCAAAAACUGCAGCGGCUGCCCCCAAGGACCACGCACGCUGCAGAGAGCCGGAGCCAUGCGAGUGGCCGUCAUCGGGGCCGGGGUGAUCGGCCUCUCCACCGCCCUGUGCAUCCACGAGCAGUACCACGGCCUGGUGCCUGCCCUGGAGAUGGAGAUCUACGCGGACCGCUACACGCCCCACACCACCAGCGACGGAGCGGCCGGCUUGUGGCAGCCCUACCUGAGCGACCACGGCAACCUGCAGGAGACGCUCUGGAAUAAAGAGACGUUUGACUACCUCCUCAGGCACCUGGGCUCACCUGCAGCGAAGGAAAUGGGACUUUUCCUAAUCUCUGGCUACAACCUGUUUACGCAGCCGGUGCCGGACCCAUCUUGGAAGAACAUUGUCCUGGGAUUCAGGAACUUGACACCAAAAGAGCUUGAACUCUUCCCCGGUUACAGCUACGGCUGGUUCAACACGGCGCUGAUGCUGGAGGGCCGGAGCUACCUGCCGUGGCUCACCCACAGGUUAACGCAGAGAGGAGUGAAGUUUUUCCAUAAGAAAGUUGAAUCUUUCCAGGAGAUCGCUGCCCAGGGCGUGGAUGUUGUAAUAAACUGCACUGGGGUGCGUGCAGGGGAGCUGCAGCCUGACCCAGAGCUACAGCCUGGCCGUGGACAGGUCAUAAAGGUCCUGGCCCCGUGGGUGAAGCAUUUCGUCAUCACUCACAACAUCAAAUCUGGUAUCUACAACUCGCCGUACGUCAUACCGGGGAGUGAACUCACAGUCUUGGGAGGGAUCAAUCAACACGGCAACUGGAACGAAGAAAACAGCGCCCAGGAUCACAAAACCAUCUGGGAGUCCUGCUGCAGGCUGCUCCCUGCUCUGCAGAAAGCAAAGAUCAUCGAGGAGUGGAGCGGCUUGAGACCGGCGCGGCCCCGGGUUCGCUUGGAGCGGGAGACCGUCCGCCACGGGCACUUCCAGGCAGAGGUGAUACACAACUAUGGGCACGGCGGGUUUGGGAUCACCAUCCACUGGGGCUGUGCCAUGGCAGCAGCCAGGCUCUUUGGGAGCAUCCUCCAGGAGAAGCAGCUGGCCAGGCCGCCGCAGCCCCGCUUGUGAGUUGCCUGCUCACUCGGGAUUAUCGUGACAGCAGUAGCUUAGAAAUCAAAGCAGGAAGAUGCGAAUAACACAGUGAUACACAUGGGCCAUUCAACCCUCCUGCCAGCUCCAGCACUGGUUCAUAGUGUCUCGUUUUCAGGUUGCUGCCAGUUCUGUCGCUGCCAUUUGCCAGAUGGCCCAGUUCCCUCCAGCUCAGCCUUGCACAGCCUACCUAAAGGAAGUGCUUUAAAAUAUGGACUAAUUAUCCGUGGCAAAGUGCAACUUCUGUCCCGGGGAUCAGUCUGCAAAGGGCAGGCAGGGUUCAGCUGAAAUCUGAACAGUCCUGCAGUUCAUCUGCAUGAUAGGACAGGAUCUGAAACUGAGCUGGUGCCACCUGAGGUCUUCACGGACUGCUCCGACACCCAGCAUGAAAUUAGAUUUGCAAGCUUCUCCCAGGAGGCCAAAGCUCCUUAGUAGGAAGAAGCUCUGAAGCUUCCAGGGAAGUAACAACAGCUCUAAAAGCACGUGCUUCAGUUACAAAAGCUUUUCUUACGCUGAUGCCAGGACAAAGCACGGGUCUACAGCACCUGGUUAGUGUAUCUAGCAAUAGACAGCAGUGGUUACCUAAAAUGGGCUUUCUAAAUGAUGUUUUUAGCAACAAAAGCAACAUGUUCCAGCCCUGUGUACUUGCCAGGCUCUAUAUAUAGCAGAGAGCAUACGCAAAAUAGCUGUUCUCGUCCCUAAAACUCCCACGGGCCUUUCAGCUUCUCAUUUCCUCCAGCUGUGAGACAGGACUGGAGCAGCAGCUCUGAGAGGAGCUGAUGCGGGGAAGGUUGUGCCUCUAGAAGGAGUUGGGGACAACUCCCAGGAGGGGGUGACUAUUUGGGGGUGUUCAGUGACGCUGCUGGGGACCCAACGCACUGUUCUGAAAACACAGUUUGGCCAAUUUUUCCACGCUGUGUGUCUUCCCUGCUCUAAAAAAACAUCACAGACAAGGUAGUGAAUGCUCAAGAAGCAUUAGCCUCGAAUCCGAAGGCUGGCGGUUGUCCCAGGCCCAGCACACAGUGCCUGGCUCACUCUCCUGCGCAGAUAAGCCAACGGUUUCUUACUCAUCUGUGAUGCAGCUUCUUUCUCCCUCUGACUCCAUGUGCCAGGAAUAGUUCAUCAACCUGGUUUGUGAUGUACCAGGCAGCUGCAUCUCGUGAAUGAGAGAAUGCUGCAGUGUAGCUGGGCUCGUUUUACCUCCUGGGCACCUGGAUUUUAAAACAGUGUCAUGAAAAGUGCACGUUUCCUGGCCAUAGCCUGGCCUCAGAGUUGCUCCCUAUCGAAGGACCUGGCUCCUGACACCCUGCUUCAAUGUCACCGAGGAAAAGAGAAACUUGUGAAGGCUUUGUAGGAAGCGAUGUGCACUUGGUGCUGCUGGAGAUGGUCCGUGCACACGAGAUCUGCUGCCUUGUGAGCGCAUUUGAGGCUGGUCUCCUUUUCAGCAGUGCUUUGGAGGUCGCUGCGCCAGCACAGCCGUGGCCCUGGGAGACCUUCCAGUGACCUCAUUUUCCACUGGACACUGUGCGACCGCUGUGUACUCCUCCAGCUCACACCCCCCGAGCAGUCAGAAAGUUCUGGCGAGCUUUGCUGAGCACUUCUGCUAAUUGUCUGCCCUUUUACAAAAGCAGCAAUAGCUACUCUCACCCUAAGGGCCAGAAUUUCUCAGCGGCUGCUGCCCUGUCCCCUUCCCUUCCUCUCUUCCUCCUGUUAAGGUGCGGGAGGGUUGUGUUGCCUCUGCUAUGACACCUGCAGCGCUGGCAAAGGGACGUUGCGUGGGAAUUCUCAUGCCUGUGGCACUCGAGUCCAAGGCAACAACUUGGUGUUGAAGGUACCAACGAGAGCAGGUGCUGAAGUUCCUGGGGCUGCGAUUUUGGCCUAACACGGGUGCUGCUCACAUCUGUGAGAAGUACAAACCACCCUGUGAUAGCUGGGGCUGCCCCUGCUUGCUGGUUGUCACUCAUCUGCAGGACACGAUCGCUCAGGCCGGCUGCCACCGCAGCGGAGGUGAUGGGAGAUGGUGUCAGCUGCUCUGGCCUCAUGGCCCAGGUUUGGGCAGACCUGUGUCCGUCCUCAGCAGGCAGCAGCUUCAAAAACAAAGGUAGACGUAGGGAAAUUAGGAGCCCCUGUCAUGCCCAGUCUGUCUGUCAAAAGGUUUUCUGACUUUUUCUGGCAGCUCACCAUAUAUAUCACAGCAAUGUUCAAAGGGCGUAUAAUCAUGAAAAGGAUAGAAAAAAGAAAACAAUGCCUGGAGAAAAUUUACCACUGAUUAAUGCUAAACCUAAUGCUCUGUGAUACCACCUCAGCAGAAGCCGUUCAGUGAAAUAACAUCCGCUCAAUUUUGCUUAUUCCAAGUGUGAGAUAGUAAGGACCAUAUUCUCCCAUUGGCAGUGCUGUCAAUCCAAAAGCAUUUACCUGAUUUCAGAAGAGCUACACUGGAUUAGCAGGGGUGUAGCAAACCAUUGUGUGGCUUGCAAUGCGCAGUUGAUUCUUCUGACCUGAGAGCCUGCAGGCGCAGCUGUACUGUGAUCUGUCAUGAAAACAGAAAGAAAUUAUGUGUGAUUUUAUUUGCAGUCUAAUUUUGCUUUUUUUCUAAAAGGCCACAAUUUAAUAUGUGUGCACAAUAAAGGUAAUAUUCAAAUA